AUGGCACAACGUCUUACUUACAGACGGCGUUUAAGUGGUAAACUUACAUGGCUUUACGAAAAGAAACCUGCCAAAGGUCUUCAUUGUGGUGACUGUGGGAUUAGAAUUCCUGGUAUCCCUGUCCUUCGACCACGUGAAUACGCAAGAAUUUCUAAACGACAAAAGAAAGUACAACGUGCCUAUGGAGGUAGUCGUUGUGCUAAAUGUGUUAGAAAUCGCUAUGUCAUUGUCCGGGCAUUUUUAAUUGAGGAACAGAAGAUUAUCAAAAAAGUUCUUAAGGGUCAAGCUAAACCACCCAAGAAGAAGAAGUAA